GGUUCGGUUUAGUUGUUGGUGUGAUAAAGGUUCGAUUGAGCCGUAAAACCUUCCGUCCUCCUCGAGUCCUUUCCAUUAGGACCUUAUCCACACAGAGCGACUCCAUUUUCUCGCCGGCGGAAGAACAAAAUGGCCGGAAGAGCGAUUUUCUCUGUAUCAUCAUGUUCUCCUUCCUUGUGCAUCCCUUAUUCAACUGCUUCUUUUUCAUCGAUGAAUCGAUUGGCGCUCCCUGCCGUGCGGAUAUCUCCCCGAACCAACAGAUUUCCCAGGAUUCACUGCUCUUUGUCUGCUAAUGACAUCAAAGCCGGAACCAAUAUCGAAGUCGAUGGUGCUCCUUGGCGUGUACUUGAGUUUCUUCAUGUCAAACCAGGAAAAGGUGCGGCAUUUGUGAGGACCAAGAUCAGGAACUAUGUAAAUGGUAGCACAGUGGAGCGAACAUUUCGUGCUGGGAUUUCUGUUGAGGAAGCUAAUAUAUACAAAGAAACCAAACAAUUCACAUACAAAGAUGGGUCUCAGUUUGUUUUCAUGGAUUUGACCACAUAUGAAGAAACACGUCUUAACGAAUCUGAUAUGGGUGAGAAGACGAAAUGGUUGAAAGAAGGAAUGGAAUGUAUUUUGCUGUAUUGGAAAGACAAGGUUAUCGAUUUCGAUCUACCGAUUACAGUUAAGCUAAAAGUGGUGGACGUUGAUCCUGGCCUUCGCGGUGAUACUGUGCAAGGUGGAUCCAAACCGGCGACAAUGGAAACGGGUGCAAUAGUUGCUGUACCACUCUUUAUUAACGUCGGUGAAGAGAUAUUCGUGGAUACUAGAACUGGUGCAUACAUGAACCGGGCGUGAUCCGGGUCUACUACACCUAGUUAAGUGGGUCCUUAACAACGAGGCAAUGAUACAUCUUUUUUGUAUAUGAGAAUGUUUGAAUCCGGGGACAUAUGCUUGUUUUUUUGAACACCGACAGACAUAAUUUCCAUUAAAUAAAAUUUUUUUUAUAUAACU